AUGAAUAACACUAUUUGGUCUUCCACCUCUUCCCAAGUAGCAGAAGAUCCUGUUUUGCAGCUUUUGGAGACUGGAAAUCUUGUUGUCGGAGACAUGGCAGAAACAGCUUCAGAAAGCUACAUAUGGCAAAGUUUUAACUUCCCAUCAGAUACUCUGCUACAUGAAGUUCCGGUGGAACUUCAGAACUGGCACCAACCAAUUGUGGUGGUGAUUGUGGACAAUGUUGGAAAUUUUCUUUGUAUGACACACUACACAUCAUGCAAAAGUUGCCUUAAGAGCACCUCCAGUGCAGGGCCUCUUGCCUCCCCCCCCCCAGCUCAAAAUGGACCUCCAACGCAGAAGAUGUUGCCCGGGCAAGCCCAAGGGCAGAUCUUGCCUGGGCUUUAG